AUGGAGGACGAAGGACUUAUAAGACCUGAAGAAGGCAGUAAUAUUGAUGAAGCUUUGGUGGAAAGACCGGAGAAUACAGAAUCGAAUAAUGAUGAUAAUCAACAGGACAGACAAAGAAAACAUAUUGAUGCGGAUGACUCCGAUGAGGAAACAGACAGAUUAGAUGUGAAGAAUAUGUCAAAUUUUGUACCUAACGGCGGUAAAACUGGAGUCAAUGAGAACUCACUAGAGAUUGAUGGAUCGUAUCGUAAUCGUCAAGAGUUGGAAGAUAAAUUAGAUCGUAUCUUGAAGAAACCAAAAGUGAGAAGAAGUAGACGUGAUGAAGAUGAUUUAGAGCAGUAUUUAGAUGAGAAGGUUUUGAGACUAAAGGACGAAAUGAACAUCGCAGCUCAGCUGGAUAUUGAAACCCUAAAUAAAAGACUUGAUACUGGAGAUAAUUCAUUAAUCGUUAUGCAAAAGGUCAAAUUACUCCCCAAAGUUGCAAGCGCUCUAUCAAAAGCUAAUUUAGCCGAUACCAUAUUAGAUAACAAUCUAUUACAAAGUGUACGGAUUUGGUUGGAACCAUUACCGGAUGGAUCAUUACCAUCCUUCGAAAUUCAAAAGUCUUUAUUUGCUGCAAUAGAAAAACUGCCAAUUAAAACUGAACAUUUGAAAGAGAGCGGUCUCGGCAGAGUAGUAAUUUUCUAUACAAAAUCAAAAAGAGUUGAACCCCAAUUAGCAAGGCUUGCUGACAGGAUUAUUGCAGAAUGGACUAGGCCAAUUAUUGGUGCCUCUGAUAACUACAGAGAUAAAAGAAUCAUGCAAUUAGAAUUUGAUGCAGAGAAAUUAAGAAGAAAAUCCGCACUGGAUUCCGCGAAGAGUAGAAAGAGAAAAGCUGGAAACGGUAAACGUGCAAGCUCCCAUGGAUCUUCAGCACAAACGUUAUAUGAACAAGCUGCUGCAAGAAGGAAUAGAGCAGCUGCGCCAGCGCAAACGACCACAGACUACAAAUAUGCCCCAACGAGUAACCUGAAUUCGACCUCAAACAACGCAAGAACAACCGGUGUAGGAACGACGCUAAACAAUAGUGAAAUGUACAAGAGACUAUCAUCCAGAUUAAAUAAAAACAAAAGAACCGCGAAAUAG